AUUGGACAGGCGAACACACGCCUUUCGUCCACCUGAAAGAACAAAACAGACGACAAGGCAAUCCAUGUCCGUUUGACUGAGACGACAGUAAUCAUGCUGACUGCACAAAGGGCGUGUGCUGCCAUGGCUGUCCGGCGCCUGGCUAGAGCCUCUGUCUCCUCAGCACACACAUAUCGCUCUCUGAUCCACACUUCCAUACCAUCCCAGGACCAGGUUGAGCUGCAUCCUGAGUGGGCCAGUCUGGCAAAGAAGCAGCUGAAAGGGAAAAACCCAGAGGAUCUGAUCUGGCGCACACCUGAGGGGAUCAACAUCAAGCCCGUGUACACUAACGCAGACUCGGCUGGAAGGCCAGAUGAGCUGCCAGGAGUGUUUCCCUACACUAGAGGGCCCUAUCCCACCAUGUACACUAACAGACCCUGGACUAUCAGACAAUAUGCUGGCUUUAGUACUGUGGAGGAGAGCAACAAGUUCUACAGGGACAACAUUAAAGCUGGACAACAGGGUCUCUCUGUGGCUUUCGACCUCCCGACCCAUCGCGGCUAUGACUCAGACAACCCCAGAGUCCAUGGGGAUGUCGGCAUGGCAGGGGUCGCCAUCGACACAGUUGAAGACAUGAAGAUGCUCUUUGAUGGGAUCCCACUGGAGAAGAUGUCUGUUUCAAUGACAAUGAACGGAGCUGUGAUCCCUGUGUUGGCGAUGUUUAUCGUGACUGGAGAGGAGCAGGGCGUUUCCAAAGCCAAACUCACAGGAACGAUUCAAAAUGAUAUUUUGAAGGAGUUUAUGGUUCGCAACACCUACAUUUUCCCACCAGAACCGUCCAUGCACGCCAUCGCAGACAUCUUCGCUUACACCUCCGAGCACAUGCCCAAGUUCAACUCCAUAUCCAUCAGUGGUUACCAUCUUCAGGAAGCUGGAGCCGACGCCAUCCUGGAAGUAGCCUACACCAUCGCUAACGGCCUGGAGUACUGCCGCACAGGCCUCAAAGCAGGCUUAACCAUUGAUGAGUUUGCCCCAAGGUUAUCAUUCUUCUGGGGUAUUGGGAUGAAUUUCUACAUGGAGAUUGCCAAGCUGAGAGCAGCCAGGAAGUUAUGGGCAACACUCAUUCAAGAAAACUUCCAGCCUAAGAAUGCCAAGUCUCUCCUCCUCCGUACACACUGCCAGACCUCAGGCUGGUCCCUCACUGAACAGGAUCCGUACAACAAUGUGGUCCGUACAGUGAUUGAAGGCAUGGCAGCUGUUUUUGGGGGGACACAGUCACUCCACACCAACUCUUUUGAUGAAGCCUUGGGUUUGCCCACGGUGAAGAGUGCCCGCAUUGCCAGGAACACCCAGAUCAUCAUCCAGGAAGAGUCAGGCAUCCCCAAAGUGGCUGAUCCCUGGGGUGGCUCGCACAUGAUGGAGUCUCUCACUGAUGAUGUCUACAACACAGCUUUGAAGUUUAUUAAAGAGAUUGAGGAGAUGGGAGGCAUGGCCAGAGCGGUGGCAGAGGGAAUACCAAAACUUCGUAUUGAGGAGUGUGCUGCCCGUAGACAGGCCCGCAUUGAUUCAGGAGCAGAGGUCAUUGUCGGAGUGAACAAGUACCGUCUGGAAAAAGAGGAGACAGUGGAGGUUUUGGCGAUUGAUAACACCAUUGUUCGUGAGAAACAGAUUGAAAAACUGAAAAAGGUGAGGGGGAGUCGUGAUGCAGAGGAAGCGCAGAAGUGCCUUGCAGCCAUCGAGGAGUGUUCCAGAACCAGAGAGGGCAACCUUUUGGCUUUGGCUGUGGAGGCAGCACGAGCCAGAUGUUCUGUUGGUGAAAUCACUGAUGCCAUGAAGAAAGUGUUUGGUGAACACAAAGCCAGCACCAGGAUGGUCAGUGGGGCUUACCGCAGUGAGUUCGGGGAGCACGAAGAGAUCGCUUUGACCCACAACAGAGUGACAGAAUUUAAGAACCAUGAGGGAAGGAACCCUCGACUGCUGGUGGCAAAGAUGGGACAAGAUGGUCAUGACAGGGGGGCCAAAGUCAUUGCCACAGGGUUUGCUGACCUUGGGUUUGAUGUGGAUAUUGGACCACUGUUUCAGACUCCCAUGGAGGUUGCCCAGCAGGCGGUUGAUGCUGACGUUCACUGUGUUGGAGUCAGCACACUUGCUGCAGGCCACAAGACCCUGGUCCCAGAGCUCAUCAAAGAGCUACGGAAGCUCAACAGACCAGACAUCCUGGUCAUCUGCGGAGGCGUCAUACCACCACAGGAUUAUGAGUUCUUGUACCAGAGUGGUGUGUGCGCCAUCUUUGGCCCGGGAACCAGGAUCCCACAAGCUGCAGUGGAGGUAAUUGACAGCAUUGAGAAGAGCCUGGAAAACAUCCGUCAGGCCAUGUAAAGAUACUCACAACCUUCUGUCUAUCUGUUCUGUAUCUACAAAUCCAUCUGUGGGAGCUCACAUCUCUGUUCAGAAAAUGAGGAUAUGUCAAGCUAACAUAAGAGAGAGAUUAGAUAAUGUAAGAAAACAGCACAGCACCACAAUCCUGCUUGGAAUUAAUUUAACACUUUAGAGUAAUGUGUGUGUAUUUCAGUUAUCUAGCAGGGUGUUAGUAGUAUCUGUGUUUUUGAGAUUGACAGAAACUCUCAUAGAAGCAAACCACGUGGGAUUCAAUAACUCUUUCAUGAUGAGUGAUAUGAUGAUCUUGUGAGUGGCCUUCUUUUGCCUUGAUCUCUUGUCUGCAAUCAUCAUAUUUAAUUCAAGAUUUUUCUCGAAGAAGAUGGAGCAGAACACUGAUCACCAUAUAUGAAAUGGCUGGAAAAAUAUUUUUGUACUUGUGAAUCUAAUCAGAUUUAGAGCUGUUUGAUCUAAAUAAAGGACUUUGGAAAUGU